AUGAUGGAAACCGUUCGGAACAUCCAGAAUCCUAUCCCAGCCACGAUGCUACAGCCAUCAAAAUGGCUGUCACUCUACGAAGACUUUGUGACUAAGAAUGCCAGCUCUGUUGGCCAGGUUGAGUCCGCCUUGAGGUCACUAACCUAUAUCAUUCCAGGUCGAUAUCGUGAAUCUGAAGUCGCUUCGGAGUGUGUACAUUCGGGCGUGCAGCUUUUAUCAUUAUACCAUGAUUCUCUCGUCUCGCGGGUAGUCUCCCGACUACCUGCUACCGUUCCACGACCGCCACCGACUCCUCAUACUCGCUACACCAAGUACUGGACCUCGCGUUCAUCACUAUAUCGCCGUGUAGCUCUUGCGCUUCAGAUGCUUCAAUACACAGAGCUUUUAUGGGAAAUGUCAGCGCGGCGGCGUGGUCAGAAGACUCGUUGGCGCAUUGUUGUCUUCAUCGAAUUUGCCAAAGCAAUUUGCCGCCUGCUACUCCUUCGAUUGACCAAUUCUCGGCCGCUGGUGAGCCCACCGUUGCCCGAACGUGAAGUUGACCCACGGCCAACGGACGACAACGAGGAAAGUGACUGGAACGGCAUGGAUACUCCUAUCAGUGACCGAUCUUCAGAUCUGAGCUGGACCAUGCCUCGUACAGGGUUAUCCCUUCCAUCCCUCCCAGAUGUCAACGACGUGUCCAACUAUCUUAUCUCAAAAGUACUCACCGCAGAUGACAUCAAACCUGCCAAGACCUUACUGCACCGGGUUACUGGUCAAGGCCAGCUAGCGGAGGUCCUCUAUAUUCUACGACCUGUUGUGUAUGCAUUGGCGAUGCAGCGGUGGAGCGGCGACAAGCGGAGCUGGCGCCCGUGGCUGAUAGGAUUUGGUAUGGAAUAUGGUUGUCGUCAGCUUGCUAAACGAGACUUCCGUGAGCGAGUCGCCGGUGGACUCCGGGGACUCACGGGUCUCGAGCGAGAGGAGUUGAAAAAGCGAGGAUGGUCGAUGGGCUGGUGGUUGAUGCGAGGCGCAUUCUAUGAGAAUAUCACCAAAUCAUGGUUGCGCAGUUUAACCAACAAGAUGAAGGGGAAGCCACUGCUCGACUUGGUGGGUAGUGUGGUGGAAGACUACGAAUACCUGUGGGACAACUACUACUUCUCGACUGCCACCCUAUGA